AUGGUCAAUAUGGCCAAUAUCACAGGGAGCUUCGUCUCUCCAUCUGCGGACGCGACAGUCUCCCCCCAUCUCUUUGCGCCAACGGGUCUCGUUGCAACUCUCCUAGAUGGGUUCACUAUCUGGAAGGGUCUCUUGACCUUCUUGGUCGCAGCUGUGCUGUAUGACCAGUUCAAGUACCACUACCUCAAGGGCGCCAUCGUUGGCCCUAUGUACAAGAUUCCCUUCAUGGGACCGUUCCUGCAAUCAGUCAACCCCAAGUUCACCGAAUACAAGGCCAAAUGGGACAGUGCAGACCUGAGCUGUGUGUCUGUUUUCCACAAGUUCGUCGUGAUUGCGUCGAGUCGUGAUAUGUCCCGAAAAAUUUUCAACUCGCCCGCCUAUGUCAAGCCCUGUGUUGUGGACGCCGCGCACAAGCUGCUCGGCAAGACCAACUGGGUCUUCUUGGAUGGAAAGGCCCAUGUGGAUUACCGCAAGGGUUUGAACGGAUUGUUCACCCGCCAGGCUUUGGCUAUGUAUCUGCCUCGCGCCGAGGAGGUUUUCAAUGCCUACAACAAGCACUUCCUCGAGAAAUCCGCCGCCAACAACUACACCCCGACCCCCUGGAUGCCCGAGUUCCGCGAGCUCAUGUGUGCUCUGUCUUGCCGUACCUUUGUUGGUUACUACAUGACCGAUGAGGGUGUUCAGAAGAUCGCCGAUGACUACUACCUGAUCACCGCCGCUCUCGAACUAGUCAACUUCCCCAUCAUUCUGCCCUACACCAAGACCUGGUACGGGAAGAAGGCUGCUGACAUGGUGCUCGCUGAGUUCACGAAGUGUGCCGCCAAGUCAAAGGCCCGUAUGGCCGCGGGGGGUGAGAUCUCCUGUAUUAUGGACGCCUGGGUUAAGGCUCAAUUGGAUUCCGCCUCCUACCGCGAGAAGAUUGCCAAGGGUAUUCAGGUCGACUCUUCAGAGAAGCCCAGCCAGGUUCUCCGUGAAUUCUCCGAUUACGAAAUUGCCCAAACUAUCUUCACCUUCUUGUUCGCUUCCCAGGAUGCCACCAGUGCUGCCUCCACCUGGUUGUUCCAGCUGAUGGCUGACCGCCCCGAGAUCUUGGACAAGGUCCGUGAAGAGAACCUCCGCGUCCGCAACGGUGACCGCACUCUUCCUGCCACUAUGGAGAUGCUUGACAACAUGCCCUACACCCGCGCCGUCGUCAAGGAGACCCUGCGCUACCGUCCUCCCGUCAUCAUGGUUCCUUAUCUGGUUAAGAAAGACUUCCCCAUCAGCGAGACUGUCACUGUCGCCAAGGGCUCCAUGAUCAUUCCCUCCGUGUGGCCCGCUUGCCACGAUGAGGAGGCUUACCCCAAUGCCGACUCCUUCGAUCCAGACCGCUGGAUCACCGGUACUGCUGAGCAGCAGUCCAAGAACUGGCUGGUUUUUGGUACAGGUCCCCACUACUGCCUGGGACAGACCUACGCUCAGCUGUCCCUGAUGUCUAUGAUUGGAAAGGCUAGUAUGGUUAUGGACUGGGAGCACACUCCUACUCCCGAGUCAGAGGAUAUCAAGGUGUUUGCCACCAUCUUCCCCCAAGAUGACUGUCUCCUUACUUUCCGUCCUCGCCCUUGA